AUGAUUAAAAUUCUAAAUUACAAGUAUACGGACAGAGUUAAAGCUGAUAAAUCAUGGUGUGACAGUUCUCCAAAACAUGACGCGUGUUCACCAGCCUUCGAAUUCUGUCUAAGACCAUUCCAUUCUCAGCAAUGUGAUACAACUUAUAAGUUUGGUUCACCUGAUCCACAAUACCAGCAUAAAGAUAAUAUAACUUUCAGUGCACAACUCUCAUCAAAGGUGACUAAUCCACUCGAAUUUACCUUAAAGCAGUGGCAACAACUAAUGGUGAUCAGUGCAACUGUAACAGAUCAAAACUACAAUCCAUCAAAUUUAAUUGAUACUUUGCAAACUGGGAAUCGUUCACGCUUACUUCUGACAACAGUCCUAUGUCUAUUGAUGGAGUAUUCAAGGUAUUCAAUUCCCCAUUGGCUCACUGAAAAUCAAUACAUCUGUGCAAGUAAACAGCAUGUGGAAGAAAUACCAAUAUCUUAG